AUGAACUUGUGUGACUUCAUGGCCAAGGAACAUAAGCCCGAAAUUCUACGCCUGAGGGAAAGACAGAACCGCAAGAACAGCAACGGUAGUCACAAAGGCUCUCACUCUACGCAAUCACCGUCUGCGAGCGUUGACAAGUUUACUGUCGAGCUGCACAUCAUUUCCGAUAAAGCGCACCACCAAUAUUUCAAGAAAAAUCAGGAAUUGAUUGCAUACUUGGCAAUCAUGGCUAAUGCGGUAAACUUAAGGUACAUGGACAUGGAAAAACCUAAAAUCAGCUUCCUUCUUGUCGGAGUGACAAUGGCUAAGGACCAUGACUUCGGUAGAAAUAACCACGGUGAGAUUGAAGCCUUAGAGAUGCUGAGUGGACUACAAGCUUACAAAAACCAAGGAAGGGUAGCAGGGGAACAUGACGUUGUGUACCUUAUGACAGGCUGA